GGCCUCAUGACAACAUCCCUUGUCCAAUACAAUGGCGCAGAGCCGGGGGGGAUGUGGUGGUGGUGGUUGUUGUUGUUGUUGUUGUUUUGCCGUGGCGUAUCGCAGACAAGGUGGCCCGGCUGCGGAGGAGCUGAUCUCUCAGUGGCAGCCCUUUUGGUCGAGGCCCUCUUUCAGCCCCUCCCCAGAGUAAUGACAGGCCUGCCUCGUGGCAUCUGUAGCGAGGUUGGACGUCUGAAACCGGCAAGCCGUGGCUGAACCUUGAAAUGAAGUCAGGGAGAGGCUAUGUCUUUACAACCAAGCCGACCCUGCCUGUUUCCCCCACUACGGCUCAACCCCCACCGUUGGGAAAACUGGCGAUGGAUGCGGU